AUGGCUGAUGAUGAUGAUAUUCCUCCACGUUUCUUCAAAGUUUUCAUUUCCCAUUUUAGCUCAGAUUCUUUGCUGAUUCCCAUUUCCUACUACAAUGAGUUUCCAUGUCUUUUGCCCAAAACCGCAAUCCUCCGUGGCUCUGGUGGAUGCAUUUGGAACGUAGCUAUAGAGAUAAAGGAGAAGCCAGAAGAGGUGUAUUUUGGACGAGGAUGGGCUAAAUUCGUUCAGGAUAACUCUCUCAAAGAUGGAGACUUUCUAACAUUCGUGUACAAUGGACACAAUGUUUAUGAGGUCAGUAUCUAUGCCUGCGAUGGAUGUAAGGAGAUUAGAGCAGUCACUGAAGUGGAGGAUGGCGAAGAAGAAGAUACUAUUUGGUCUCUAAGCAGCAAAGACACAGAUUCUGAAUCUGAUAUGGCCAAUGCGAUUCCAAGAAGCAAGAACAAAGGAAAGUCGAAAGAGGAAAAUGUUGAGGAUUCUGAUGACAAUGAGGACAGUGUUCAUUCUCUAGACAGUGAAGAAGGCACAGACACUGAUUCUGAAUUUAUGGUCAAUACAAACCCAAAAAGCACGAAGAAAGGAAAGUUGAAAGUGGAAGUUGCGGAGGAUUCUGAUGACGAAGAGGACAGUGUUUGUUCUGAAUUCAAGAUGGCCAAUGCAAUGUCGAGAACCAAGAAGAAAGGAAAGAAGAAAGUGGAGACUUCUGAUGAAGAAGACAGUGACAGUGAUUAUAUCGAAGCGUUUAGUAACAUGGAUGUUGAAGACAACUCCAACAGUGACAGUUCUUAUCUUCCAGAUAGCGAAGACACAACUGCUAAUGUCAAACCAAAGAAGAAAGGAAAGUCCAAAGUAAAAGAAGAUGUGGAUGCUAAUAGUGAUAGCUCUUGUUCUGUGGAACCUGGGAAAAAGUGUAAGAAAGUAAAGGCCAAGAUCAAGAAUCCAGAGGCAUAUCUGGAUAAUCCAGCAAAUGUAUAUUUUGAGACAGGCGUAAAGAAUAGGAUCUACGAGCUGUUGGUUCAUGCACAACUAGUUAAAGACUACUGCUUGAAGUUUCAAGAUUACGUUUGCUACAUCGAUCCAAUUGGGGAAUUCAAAGCGAAAACAGCAAAAUGGAAGGAUCAACGUGUGUGUAUCAAAAAGUGGAUGUGCAUAUGCGAGAGGAACAAGUUGAAGAAAAAAGAUCGCAUUUUGUGUGAACUCUUGCGCAAGAAAAACUUGGUUUACGCAAUCAAACUUCAUAUCGUCCGUGAAAAAGAUUUGUAA